CGCACGCAUGCCACCUCUACAUCCACGACCGACAUGACCCCGCCAUUCUCCUCGGCCGACCACGCACGGCCUCCCGGAAUAUACACGCUACUACUACCACUGCUUCUAUUGCUAUGUCACGCGACUACUACCGCGGCGAUGACGCCGACGCGAAAGCUCGCCCUGAGGGAGGAAGCGAGGACGAUGUUUCGCCAUGGGUGGGAUAGUUACUGGGAGAUUGCGUUUCCGGAGGAUGAAGUUAAACCCCUUACGUGCAUCCCGCACCACCGCGACCGCGCGAACCCGAAGGACAUUGGCACGAACGAUGCGAUGGGAGAGUUCUCGCUCACCGCGAUUGAUGCACUGAGUUCCAUGGCGGUUAUGGCGGCGAGUGAUGAGGUGGAGGCCCAGAGGUUCUGGGAGACGGCGGAGGAGCUGGUGCGGAUCUACUGGUAUAAUAAGCCGAAAGACCAGGAGUCGGACAGGAGGAACGCGUCGUCGUCGUGGGGUAGGUUUCAAGGCAGGCACAGGAAUACGCGCGGGUUCGAUAUCGAUGCAAAAGUGCAAGUGUUUGAGACUACGAUUCGCGGGCUGGGGGGACUGUUGUCGGCACAUUUAUUUGCAAUUGGAUCGCUCCCAGGAUUGCCGAAGGAAUUUGAGGGGAAGACGAAGACGGGAUUUGUUUACAACAACGAGCUACUGCACCUUGCGGAGGACCUGGGUCGGCGACUACUCCCCGCACUGACGAAAUCGCCGACGGGAAUCCCGUACCCACGGAUCAACCUCCGUCACGGACUCCCGCACGGCAUCAAGAACCCACGGUACUACAACCGGAUCCUCGGCUGUCCGCAGUACCACCCUGAUCCGGACAGCGAACCCGAGCAUCCGUCUGAACGCUUCUGGCGACACCCAAAUCCAAAGUCGAUAAAACGGGAGCGGCCGGACGAGGAGAUUACCGAGACGUGUACUGCGGGCGCGGGCUCGCUCGUGCUGGAGUUUACUACGUUGUCGCGGUUGACGGGAGAUCCGAGGUUCGAGGAGGCGGCGAAGAAGGCAUUCGACGCGAUCUGGAGUCGGAGGUCUGCGAUUGGUCUCGUUGGCGCUGGGGUGGAUGCCGAGAGCGGACUGUGGACAGGCGCGAACUCGGGGAUCGGCGCGGGGGUGGAUAGCUUCUUCGAGUACGCGUUCAAGAGCUAUGUAUUGCUAGCGGGUAAUGCCGACGAGAGCUACUUUCUGGACGUGUGGGAGAAGGCGCGCACCGCGCUCGAGCGACAUGUGCUCGUGCGGGAACCGGCGACGUGGUGGAACAAUGUGCAUGUCAACACUGGUGUGGGGAUACAAGGCGGGGCGUGGAUCGAUUCGCUGGGCGGGUUCUUUGCCGGGACACUGUCGCAAGCUGGUGGUGCCUCGGAAGACGACGAUGCUCUAGAUCUAGCGGUCAAGGGAAAUCUUGUCUAUUCUGCGCUGUGGAAUCGAUACAAUGCCCUUCCAGAACGGUUCAACACGCGACUCUCAACGAUCGAAGGUGGCUUGUCGUGGUAUCCAGGUCGUCCGGAGUUUGUUGAAUCAACCUAUUUACUCUACCGAGCCACUAAGGAUCCCUUCUGGCUUCAUGUGGGCGAGAUGGCGAUGCGCGAUUUGAAGCGCAGGUGUUGGGCGAGAUGUGGUUGGGCGGGCCUGCAGGAUGUCCGCACCGGCGAGAAACAGAACCGGAUGGAGAGCUUCUGGCUGAGCGAGACGUGGAAAUAUUUGUUUCUCUUGUUCGAUGAAGCAAAUCCUUUGCACACCCUCGAUGCACCUUGGGUAUUCACCACCGAAGGGCAUCCGAUCAUCCUGCCACGUCCAUCCUGCGUAGUUACCUCCUCUUCGCCCCCACCCCCGAGAACGUGUCGCGCUCCGCCGACGUCGUCCAGCUUUUUCUCUACUACCGCGUCUCGUCCAGAUCUAUUCCACGCCGCUUACUUCACCAAGCUGCACCUCUCACAGAUCCCCGACUCGACCGUCUCCUCCUCCGACCCGGGCGAUCUUUAUGUCUCACCAACGAACUCCACCUUCUACCCAUACACUCUCCCGCUUCACCUGAUACAACCCAACGCCACUAGCGCCCCACUCCCUACCCGCGAUUCGCUAGAACUCCUCUUCCCCGAAGGCUUCGCGGCUCCCAACGGAGUGGCCACGUCCACGAUCCUCUCCCGUUUCACCCCCAAGAUUCAACGCGUCCCCAACGGUGUCCGGAUCCUUUCGCUCAACGCGUUACGCCUCUCCCUCAUCGACUCGACCGACACCGAGGCACUGCGUAUCAACAAAGUCAGCGGCAUCCACCUCGGCCGUGAAGAGCUCGUCUAUAUCUCGCGCGAUCUCAUUGACGGUAUCAAAGACACCAACUUCGACGUCGUCCCGGACACCGAAGUCCUGGAGCUCCACCUGACCUUCCAUGCCGUUCCCUCUCCGCAGGGCAACAUCCUGCAUGACCUCCUGAGCUUCCUCAACCCCACCGCCUCCUCAUAUCUCUCCUCUCUGAGCAAAGACUACGCUAUCCCAGCAGUCAUCUCUCGCGGCGAGGGCGCAACCCCAAUCUCGGACUUCGACGCCGCCGAUAUAUUCAUUUCCUCCUCGACCGCCUGCUCCGGUCCCCUCCCCUACACCGCCCCAAUCAUCGUCGUUAAACGCGGCGGCUGCACUUUCGCCGACAAAAUCGCCAACAUCCCCGACGACCCCAGCGUGCGUCUCAUAGUUGUCGAGGAUUUCCUUGCCGGCACGGGGGUGGAGGGGGUUGUUGCGCCGGUUGUCGACGGGAUUCAGCGGAACGUUCGGGGACACCGCACGAACCAGGUGGGACUCGUCAUGGUCAGGAGUGGCGUACGGUGGUGGGAAGUCGAGAGUGUGGCGGUUCGCAAGAGGGUCGGCGUCAGGGUCCAGGGCAGGGAGGUGAGUGGGUUGGUCGUGGAUUAGAUUGUAGAUGAGUUUUUUUCCUUUUCGCUUGGAUAUUGGAUAUGCACUGUGUUGCAUUUAACGAAUGGAAUGAUAUGGAUUCGAUUUUACGAUGUUGUUCCAGUAUUGGUGCCGGUGAUGGGCUCGGUGUAUGCCCCUACCGGCGAUUUCUGCAGAGCUGC